AUGGCCUUUAUAUGGAAACGAUUGCUUGCAACUCAAGGUCACAUUCCAUCUACAGCAGUCGGGAGUUUUAAUCAAAUGCAUUCUUCAAAUUCAAUACAGCGCAUUCUAUUCACUGGAAAUCCUCUCAAUAGGCAAUCAUCUCGUAGAUCCAACACCAAAGAGCUUCUGGAAGAGCGUAAUCUAAAGGCACGAUUUAUAGUUUUCAACCAUCAACAAUUCCUUCAAACCUCUGUGGGAAGAGUGGCCUGGGUGCAAGAGUCCGAUCUACAACCCGAGUAUUCCUUGGAGAAUGUGAAUGCAAACAGCGUUUUUCUUGGCAUGGAUGAACAGAUGAUGCAGCCAUAUUGGGCUGUCGAUGUGUCUAGCUCCAGCGCGCUUAUACUUAGUAUGCUCAGUCAUUAA